GGGAAGCACAGACCAAAAAACCUCACUUUUUUUUUUCAGUAAACCAAAAAAAAUGCUCUCUCUUUUAUCUUCAAUCACUUUCUUCUCUCUCGCUUCCGCAGAAUAGUAGAAACCCUAAAGAAAGAGACGAAUAUGCAAGGAUCUGUGUCUGAAUCGGAACCGGAAGGGGAACAAUUGCAGAAGAAGCUCGAACUCCUCUUCAAUGGCGGUCUCUAGCAUGAUUUCCGCCAUUUCCGCUCUCUUCGUCUUCUUUUUUCUCCAUCUUUUGAUUUCCGUAAAUUCAUCACUGUGGUUUGAAGAGAUUAAACAGCAAGAACAGGACAAAGAGCCCUUUGUUGGGUUCAACAUUGGUUCGGAUGUCUCCAAUCCCUUAGCCCCGACGGAUUUGGUUCGAUUCCUGCAAGCCCAGAAGGUAAAUCAUGUGCGUUUAUAUGAUGCUGAUCCUGAUUUGCUCAGAGCAUUGGCCAAAACCAAGAUCAGGGUCAUAAUAAGUGUGCCCAACAAUCAGCUUAUAGCAAUUGGAUCCUCGAACAGCACGGCUGCAUCUUGGAUUGGUCGCAAUGUGGUCGCUUACUAUCCCGAAACCCUAAUCACAGCCAUUGCUGUCGGGGACGAGGUUUUGACGACGGUGCCUUCUUCAGCUCCUUUGCUGUUACCUGCAAUGGAGUCUCUGUACAAUGCUCUGGUUGCUGCAAAUCUCCAUACCCAGAUCAAGAUUUCCACACCGCAUGCUGCUUCUGUCAUGCUUGAUACGUUCCCGCCGUCUCAAGCAUUCUUUAACCAAACCUGGAACUCGGUUAUGGUUCCAUUGCUCGAGUUCUUGUCAAGAACUGGUUCUCCUCUGAUGAUGAAUCUCUAUCCUUACUACGUGUUUAUGCAGAACAAAGGCGUGGUUCCACUGGACAAUUGUUUGUUCAAACCAUUGACACCAUCUAAGGAAAUGGUCGAUCCAAACACUUUACUGCAUUACACGAAUGUGCUGGAUGCCAUGAUCGAUGCUGCUUAUGUCUCGAUGAAAAACCUCAACGUGACUGAUGUGGCCGUUCUCGUGACUGAAAGCGGGUGGCCAUCGAAGGGUGAUUCCAAAGAGCCGUAUGCCACUAUAGACAAUGCUGAUACAUAUAACUCCAAUCUUAUCAAGCAUGUAUUCGAUAGAACUGGCACUCCUCUCCACCCGGAAAUGACAUCGAGUGUUUACAUAUAUGAGUUGUUCAACGAGGAUCUAAGGGCACCCCCAGUGAGCGAAGCUAACUGGGGUUUGUUCUACGGGAACUCCACGCCGGUGUAUUUGCUUCAUGUGUCGGGUAGUGGAACUUUCCUAGCGAAUGAUACAACGAACCAGACUUAUUGCAUAGCAAUGGACGGUGUGGACUCUAAGACACUUCAGGCUGCACUUGAUUGGGCGUGUGGUCCGGGAAGGGCUAAUUGCAGUGAGAUUCAACCUGGGGAGAGUUGUUAUCAGCCGAAUAAUGUAAAGAACCAUGCCUCGUAUGCUUUCGAUAGUUAUUACCAGAAGGAAAGGAAAGCUCCUGGUUCUUGUGACUUCAAGGGUGUGGCCAUGAUCACUACUACAGAUCCAAGUCAUGGAAGCUGUAUUUUCCUGGGAAGCAAGAAGGUCGGGAAUAAGACGAAGACGGUGGUGAACUCGACCCAAGUGCCCACCGGAGGAGGAGGAUCUCCGGCGAAUCUCUCCGGUGGAUGUCUGAGUCUUAUGUUUCUCGUAACUUCGUCUCUGUUUUUGUUACCCUUUUGGUGAGUGAGUGAUGUUCGGUAAUAAAAUCUAGGAAUCUAAUUUUUUUUUUCCUUUUAUAAUUUUUUUUUGGAUUUUGAUUUUGUUGUGAUUGGUUGCCCGAAAUUCUAGUGCCACGUGUAACAUUGUAAUGGUGUCCACUUGUAUGGAUUUAUGUAAAACCAGUCUGAUUUUGAUUGUUAUGAUGUAUUGGCUUUCAAGAGUA